AUGGCAGGAUUGUUCAGGAUCUGGAUGCUUAAGGUCCUUCUCUUAGGACUGAUAGAUCCAUCUCAGGCCUUCCUGCGUCCUCGCGUGUCGUUCUCUCAGGGAAGUUCAGAGCGUCUCUUGGGCAUCUACCGCAGCUCCACUGUGAAGAACACCAGCUCUCUGCUGCUCAGCACUGAUGCUGACACACUGUUUGUUGGUGCUCAAGAUGCUCUGCUCUCCCUGGAUGUCAGUCAACCUGAUAGUAUUACACUCAAAGACAAGUUGGAAUGGACAGCAUCUCCACAAAAUAUGAAAACAUGUACAGUGGCCUCAAAGACGGAUUGUGGCAACUACAUUAGUAUUCUGCAAUUUUUCAACUCUACACACCUUUAUGUCUGCGGGACAAAUGCAUAUAAACCACAAGCCAUCAUCAUUCCAGCAAGUUCUCUGAGCGCCAGCAGAGACACAAAGGACGCCAAAAACUGCUGUCCCUCCAGCUCCACCCAGAGGAACACAGCCACUAUUGUUGAUGAAGAGCUGUAUACAGCAGCCAAAGUGGGCUUUUUUGGGGUAAAAGUAAUUUCUCGCUGUCACAGCAGAGGAACACGCAACAACUUGGAACUUGCAAAUGUACCGAAAUUGCUACAGGAUCCUGAAUUCAUAAGUUCAACACAAGUCGCUAGUGAAAGAAAGAUCCUGCUGUUCUUUACUGAGCUUGGGGACUUGACUGGAGACUUACUGCUGAACUCUUUUAUUGUGUCUCGUGUGGCACAGGUCUGCACGGAUGACAAUGGAGGAAGUCUUACCUUACAAAAGCGCUGGACAUCCUUUGCUAAGGCUCAGCUGGUCUGCCAACAAGGGGAAGAACUCCAGUUCAACAAGCUGCAGGAUAUUGUCAAGCUUCCCCCAACGGACGAUGAGUCUCCAGAAAACACUCUUUUCUAUGGGGUCUUUACUUCACAAUGGGCAGUUUCAUCUGGUCUGUCAGCAGUCUGUGCUUUCAGUCUAACAGAUAUUAAAGCAGCUUUCUCAGGUGAUUACAAGACAUUCGAUUUGAAUGGAAACCACUGGACACGCCAACCAAAUGUAGACGGUAAACUCGGCAAGUGUGGAUUAUUCAGUGACAAUAACCGCAUGUUAAACAUUGUUAAAAAGAGCUUCCUGACUGAAAAAGCUGUGCGUCCUGUUGGGAAGAAACUGAUUUUGUCCAGCACAGAAGAGCAGUAUAGCCGUCUAGCUGUUCAGAGAGCUCAAGCUGCAAAUGGACACAACUACACCAUCCUUUACCUGCUCACCGAAUCUGGCUUUCUUCAUAAAGUCGUCUUUCUGGUGAAAGGUCCUCAUAUCAUCGAAGAAAUUCAGAUUUUUAAGGCACCACAGACUGUGAAAAACAUCCUCCUCUCUACCAGCAAGGGUGUGUUGUUCAUCGGCUCUUCUGAUGGUGUCUUCAGUGUGCCUGUCUCAAACUGCUCAGCUUAUCCAACCUGUGCAGAGUGUGUGUUGGCACGUGACCCUUUCUGUGGAUGGGACUCAGAGACCAGAGUGUGUGCUACUGUGUCCGGACUUGGGUCUAACCUACAGCAGGACGUGGAAAGUGGAAAUGUCAAUGAACAGUGCACAGAGUUCAAAAAUACUGCUGCUACAGAGACACGGAUUGCACAGUUUAAUGAGGUUGUGGUUCUACCGUGUCAGUCUCGGUCCAGAUUGGCGGAGGUGACUUGGAGGUUUUCAAACAACAGCAUCGUUCCCCAGUGUUCAGCAUUUUUCCCGUACAUGCAGUGGGCAGAUGGCAGUCUUGUCUUCCCCGUCACUCCAGAGACCGUGAACACCUACCGCUGCGUGUCAGAGGAACUGGGCUUCAAGCAAACCAUCACCUCCUUCACUGUAACUCUACCUGUCAUGCCUCGUUCUUUCCCUUCUCCAUCACACCAGAAACCUGAGGUCACCCUGGACUCCGGUCAAGGCGUGGAAAUAGAGCCCAUCCCUGAGGACUACACAACACUUGAGCUUGAUGAAUCAGAACCUACAAAAAUUGAAAAGACUGAUGCAUUUACGACAUCAGACAGGAGCGGUGAGAAAAAUGCUUGGUCUAGUCAUCAGUCUACUAUGAACAUGAACACAGCUGGAAAAGACGCUGUUUGCAUUGCACAGGAGAGUUACUACACUGAAAUGGUUGCUUUUUGCCUCUUGUUUGUCAUUUGUCUCUUUGUAUUCAUUGCUUUUGUGGUCCUUUGGAGGCACAGCAUGAGGUGCAACAAAACCACCCCUCAGAAACAAUCUAAAGACACUAAAUCAGACAAUAUCUGGCAAAGAGAACUGGAAUAAAAGAAAUACUGAGCCCUAAAACCAGCAGUAUUUAUACUGGAAGAUUAAACAAACUAAAGAAUGAUUCUUGAACCUUAUUUAGUUAGGAAAAUAACAACAUUUCCACUAUGAAAUAAAUCUGAGCUGAUUGCUGGAAUGUUACCAAUACAUUUCAAUACCAAUAUUUAUAAUCAUUUGAUUUUAUUAAUAGUUUAUGAUUUUAGGUAAUAAUGCUUGUUUUGUUAAAACCAUUCAACGCUGAAAUA